UUGGCAUUUUCAGAUACAUCUCUCAUGUGAACUGAUAUUCUGUUCAGAACUUGAUACUUGUAAUUCCGCUGAUAUGAAAACUCAAAGGACAUUCCUACGUUGAUUAUAGCAAAUGAUUACCAACGACUUACUGAACGAAUAUAGGGCUUAAUUAACAAUUGACAUUUUGUUUAUUUGCUUUUCGGAAGACGUAAGGAAAAAGUAAUAGAUGUGGUACUUCAGUAAUGUGUUCUGUCUGAUACUAAAAUGAUUUCUGGAACAAGUGCUUAGUGUAAACAUUAAAACAUUAGGGAUGAUUGAAUCUGAUAAUGACAUUGAACAAUUAUGAAAUAUUCAGGGACUGAUGUUAGCACACAUGAGUGACCUUGGGCAAAUACAUCAUCAUUACAGAAGAGGAUACUAUGUGUUACAUAGAGAAUAAUCUUUAUCAACAGUUAAACAUUGAUUUUGAUGAAAUAGUUCUUGUAACUUAAAUACAUUGAGUUCAAUGGAAAGAAUAUCUGAUAUAUUGGAAACCUGUUUGUAUUUAUAUUAUGUAUAACUGCAGUUGCUCAUAAUAUUUCAAACAUAUUCCAUGUUUUUACAAUGAAGACUGUAUUUGUGGUUAAAACGAGAAAUGUAUUUCAGAAAAACUAAAAUUGACUGAAUAAAGAUGUGGCUUUGCACUUAAUCGCGAUGGGAUGUUCACCGUCGUCAAGGAAAGGUAUAUAUGGUUACGGGACAAAAAAAUUACGGGCUGCUCUUCUGAUACAGAAAUGGUAUAGAAGAUACAGAGCUAACCUCGAGAUACGUCGACGCUGCACGUGGAACAUCUUUCAGUCCAUAGAAUAUGCUGGAGAGCAAGACCAACUUAAGCUUCACAAUUUCUUUAACAAGAUGCUGUUGAAUAUGUCUACGGAAGGUGAUGGACAAGCGCCCCUCAUUAACGCGUUUAAUGUUAACAAAAGGGCAUCUAUCUACGAUACACAGACAAUCACAGACACAGGAGGAGAAGUAUUUUACAAUUUUCUAGACGACAUAAAGGUUGAAAGCAGUUAUAAAGGAAUUCAUCUGAAAUUCCCUCUGACCCUGAGUCAGCUACAUAAAAUGGUUCAGGCUUUUAGACGAAAACUGACACUACAUGCAAAGUAUACAAUACAACUUCUGCUGGAAACCCGGAAAUUACUGAAGACACAGGCGAACAUCCGGUAUGCCACAACGUCCAUCUCGAAGCAGAUCACAAUAUGCGGUGAUCUUCACGGAAAACUUAGUGAUCUUUAUAUGGUUUUUCACAAAAAUGGACUCCCAGCUGUAGACAAUCCUUACAUAUUUAAUGGUGAUUUCGUAGACAGAGGUCACUUUUCUACGGAGGUAGCUCUGGUGUUAUUUUCCUGUUUUAUCAUGAACCCAAACGAAGUUUACAUCAACAGGGGUAACCACGAAGAUCACGUGAUGAACAUAAGGUAUGGCUUUGUAAAAGAAAUAGAGCGAAAGUAUAGGCACUCAAAGAAGAUAAUUCACUUGUUCAAAGACGUGUUCAGUUGGUUGCCAUUGGCAACGGUGGUUGAUGAGCAGGUGCUCGUGUGCCAUGGUGGUAUCUCCGACACUACUGAUCUUAAAUUGUUGUCAACAAUCGAUAGGCACAGGUACAUGUCCACUCUCCAACCCCCUGGUGGCUGUGAUGAUAUAAGUACUAUGGCCCAAGAAGAUCUCAUCGAAUGGAAACAGGUUCUUGACCUGCUGUGGAGUGAUCCUUAUAUGAAGGAGGGUUGUCAGCCUAAUACAUUUAGAGGUGGGGGUGUGUACUUUGGCUCUGACGUUACAACUCGAUUUUUAGAAGAAAACAAACUAAAAUUGCUCAUAAGAUCUCACGAAUGUAAACCGGACGGAUAUGAAUAUACCCAUGAUGGUAAAGUGCUCACUGUAUUUUCUGCCUCGAGUUACUAUGAGACAGGCAGCAAUCUUGGCGCCUUUGUGCGGCUACAAGGUCCAAACAUGCAUUGCCAUAUUGUUCAGUAUUUGUCAACACACAGUCCUGUUCUGAGAAAAGUGUCUUUCACGCAGAGAAUUAAUUUGGUUGAAAAGUCUGCACUCAGCGAUUUAAAAGAACGUCUGCUUGCAUCUAGAUCAGAACUGAUGAAUGAGUUCAAGAAGUAUGAUACGGAUAUGACAGGUAAAAUUAGCAGCGCUGACUGGUGUUUUGCUAUGGAAACUGUUUUAGAAAUGGAGUUGCCAUGGAGAAUAUUAAAAACGAAGCUAGCGAAAACCGACGAUGAUGGCAAUGUAUUCUAUGAAUCUUCAUUCGAAAAACUGCAAGUGAAGCACAGAUACAGUGGGAAUGGUCCUAGUAUAACAGAGACUCUGUAUAAACAUAAAGACAGUCUAGAAACAAUCUUUCGAAUGAUUGACACAGACCAUUCCGGUCAAAUAUCAAUGCCAGAAUUCGAAGAUGCGCUUAGCAUUCUUAUCAAACAGCUUGAUCUUGCGAUAAAAGAGACCGAGAUCCGAGACAUAGCUCAAAGCAUAGACAUGAACAAAGAUGGCUACAUAGACUUUAAUGAAUUUCUUGAAGCAUUCAGAAUCGUAGAUAGCCUGGGCAAGGAUAAAACAUUUUCUUUGAAAACGAAAUCAAAUGAAGAAAUCACUGAAUUACCAGAUAUAAGUGGCAACUUACAAACUUAGCUAAUGGUAUAAGGGAAAGUAAUCCAUGACGAUCAUGGGUUAUAAACAAAAUCAAAUGCCUCAUUCGUCGAUAAUGAAAAGUUGAAUGUCUAGUAGUACAGGUUAUAUGGGGCUACAAAUGGGUAAACAUUUAUACCUUCAAGAAUUUAAGAGAUACAGACCCUUUCAGUCGCAUCUCAUGAUCAUGCAACGGUAAGGCAGUGGUUCCGAAACAAUUAUUUCAAUACAUAAAAUUUCUUCUCAGAACCACAUGUGACUUGACAAAAUGGAAUAGUAAUAACACCAGUACCAGUCGAAGAAUGGGGUGAUUUUUCAAAGCCACCAUAUUACACUUUAAAGACUGCUAUAUAUGCAAAUAAUUAUCAAAUUAAUCUGUGAGAAAUUAUUUCAGGAGUAGAGAAUGCAACCAUGCAAUAUAACAGAAUAAUCGAUUAAAUUGAAUGAAAAAUAAAUUCAAGCCGUACCCUCUCAUGCUUCCCAGCACCACCAUAAGCCGAACGAUAAUACAAAAGAACGAAAAAUUGACUACUGAAUAUACAUUGCAUUGAAUGGACUAUAUAAUCAAACUGGAACCCAGAAUUACC